UUUCCAUUCCAUUUUUCUCAGCCGUGUUUUUUCUUCUCUUAAUUCUCGUUCUGCCUCUAAAGAUAUUCCAAGGGAAUCUAGGGUUUCUUCUCUCGAUGGUUCAUUUAAUUAGGUUUUGAAGUCUGUUUGUUUAAUUGAAUUCGUAGAUAUGGUGUGUAUUCGGUUGUCUAAUUAGGUUAUGAAGUCUCCAAGUAAUUAUGUCGGAACGAAAGGCGGAACCUUGUAGCCCUGAAAUAGGCAACACCGAAGUAAUAAGCCGUGAAAAUAGCUCUGAUGUGGAGGCUUUGCUUGGGUGGACAAGUUUCGAAGAGGUGGAAAAUAUUAUUGGUCCCUGUAUUUCUCAAGCGAUUGGGAAGGCAGUAUAUGGUGGUUAUAAAAGUGCACAAGAAGUAUAUGAUGAUUACAAAAUCUUCACUCAUGCUCUUAUUCGAUUGGUAGAGGGACAGGAUAAGCUUCCGUUUGAAUGCUAUGCUGAUGACGAAGCACUGCAGGAAAAGAAUAAGAUGCUUCAUUGGUUUUCGGACAUGUUAUCUGAUGCAUCACUUGGAAAGAUCGACAGAGAUUGGAUCAGCGGUCAACUGGCGGAGGACAAAAUUUCUGAGGAUUUUUGUUUGGAUGACUUGCAGUUCAAUACUUACUGGGCUAAGAAGUUGAAAAUGGUGGACGAUGAUGUUAAGAGCGACUUAAUGAGACAAAAGCAAGAAAAGCUUUGUGGGUUUAUUUACCACAAAGAGAAUGAAUUCCAGGCUGAUGACUUAUCUGAAAGAAAGAAAGAGUUCGAGGAGCUCAAGAGGCAGAUCUCUUGCACGCAUGAUAAACUGGAGUCGCUAGUCGAACGUGCCGCUACUUAUUAUGAGACAUUGGAGGAAGUAAAAGAUCCGAAGUCAGCCUCAAUGCUGGGAAUGGCUUUCCAGACACUCCUACGUGUGGAUGAGAAGAAUCUUUCAAGUAUGUGGUCGGAGGAAACGGUACGCGGGAUGGACGUAGUUCUGAAAGAGAAGAAAAAAUCUGUCAAGGCCCGAGAUAUUUGUGCUGCAAAUUGGAACAAGACUGUGGCCUCUUCUGGGCUUGUUGGUUAAAAGUGGAACCAUAAUAUUGGGCAUACCAAAAUCUUCCAAGGCAUACUGAAUGAAGACAAAAAAGGUUGUGAAAUAGCAAAAUCAGAUAACCCCUUAAUCCAAUUUUUUUUUAAUGGCAAAUCUGCCCUUUACGUAUUAGUGUUAAUAAUCUUAAUUAAUGAUUAAAUAUUUUAUUUAGUGAU